AUGAAGGACGGCAUCGAGUUGUCUUCCCUCGGCGGUGAAGGCAGGCGGAAUUCACGGAUGUCUGCGCGCGAGAAAGAGCGCCGAGAGACGCCCGGCUCUUGCGUGCUGCCUGCGCUCGCGCUGUUGUUUUUUCUUCUUCUCUUCUACAAGCUCGCGACCUCGUCUCUGCUCUCGCGCUCCUCCUCGUACCUCUCCGACGCCACUGCGCAUGCUGCUGGAUCCGCCGUCUCCGUCUGCGUGAGCAAGGCUUGGCCUCUGUUCAAUCCGCUGGAGACGUACAACUUCUACGACAAGCUAGGCGUCUGCACACCCGAGACGGUCGAGUACGCACCCAUGACUCUGGGGCAGGUUCUGCGCGGCGACCGCCUGAUGAAGAGUCGGUUCGACAUCGCCUACGGCGUCGCUGAGGAGACGCCGCGGAAGCUCUGCGUGAUGGCCUUGAACAGAGAGCGCAUGGCUUCCUGGCGAGAACUGAUCGAACAGAACUUCUUCAUGGAAAUGUACGUCGACGAGCUCGCAGUCCACGAAGCCUUCGGGGUGAAGGCCCGGCAGGAGCGCAGAGACCCGCAAGAGGAAACAGGCGAGGCGACAGAAGAGAAAACGCGGUUCCUCGUCAGGAAACACUUCGCGUUUCUUCUCGGCUACAACGACGGACAUGUCGUUCGCGCAGAAAUCGAAAACAUCUCUCUCGAGCAAGACUUCCUGGACAUCACCGAGUUGCCGGCGCCAGGCGAAACCGUCGAGGUGGAGUUCACGUACACCGUGCGCUGGCAAGACCGUCCCGACAUCAAGCCUGCGUUUCGAGUGUCUAGACAGCUCUCCUCGCCGUUCGCGCCCGUGGCGAGUGACGAGGCAGAGGCGAGAACUUCUUCUGGGCAGAAGCGUGUGUCGGUCGACGUUCACUGGCUUGGAAUUCUGAAUUCGUUCGUCUUCACUCUCCUCAUCGUUCUCCUCUUGACUGUUCUCCUCCUCAGAAUCGUCAAGGCCGAUCUCCACAACAUGAUGUUCCGCUUGGCCGACGAGGAGAUGGCGUCUGCAGGUCUCGAGGAAGAAACAGGAUGGAAACUUUUGCACGCUGAUGUGUUUCGGCCGCCACCCCAUCGCAUGCCGCUCUCGGCGAUGGUCGGAUGCGGCGCCCAUCUGUUGAUGCUGGUCCUCGCCACCAUCGUUGUCGGCUGCUUCACUCCUUACCUCGAGAGAGGCGAACUUCUCUCUUGCAGUCUCCUCGCGUAUCUCCUCACCUCCUUCAUUGCAGGAUAUCUGAGCUCGAGCACUUACCGCAAAAUGGGCGGAGUCAAGUGGGCGUGGAGUCUCGUCGUCACAUGCAUAAUGUUCGCCCUGCCCCUCUUCGUCAUUUGGUGUGCUCUGAACUCGCUCGCCCUCGUGUACAACUCGACUGCGGCGCUGCCCUUCGGAACGGCUUUCCUUCUCUUCGCCUGCUGGUUCUUCGUGACUCUGCCUCUCACCAUCAUCGGCGGAAUCUGGGGCAGACGCCGGGCGGUGCGGCAACUCGCAGGCGGCCAGGCGUUUCCCUGCAAGACGAACAAGCUUGCCCGCGAAAUUCCGCGCGUUCGCUGGUACAACCAGCCUCUCCUUCAGACGGCGAUCAGCGGCGUUAUGCCCUUCAGCGGGAUUUACAUUGAACUGCAUUAUCUCUUCAUGAGUGUUUGGUCCUCGAAUCGAAUUUACAGUUUCUACUUUUUCCUGCUUCUCGCCGGAGUUCUGCUCUUCGUCUCAGCUGCAGCCGUCAGCGUCCUCCUCACCUACAUGCAUCUGAACGCCGAAGACCAUCGCUGGUGGUGGCGGUCGUUCCUCAGCGGAGGGAGCGUGAGUCUGUACUUCUUCCUGCACUGCGUCUACUACUUCUUCACGAGCACGAGGAUGCACGGAGCGUUGCAAACUGCGUUUUUCUUCGGCUACUCGUUAGCUGUCUCCUGGAUGCUUUUCCUCAUGGCAGGCUGCGUGACGUUCAGUGCGAAUUUCCUGUUCGUGAAGUACAUUUAUUCUCGCAUCAAGUCGGACUAGAGCCAUGGCCAGCCGGAGCCCAACCGCGAGCGACUGCAGACUUGGCCCGGAAGAAGGUCUGGCGCGGAGUGAGCAUUCGGACGCGGCAAGAGACAAACAGGAAGAAUCAUUCGCGACUGUCAGAAGCGGCAGCUUCUCGCGCGCAUCUGAGUUCUGUGUCGUGCGUCUAUGCGCGCAAUUUCAUCGUCUCAUUGGGAACCUCG